GUGCAUUUGUAUAAGUGGAAAUUAACAAUUUUUGUUUGUAUGAUUUGUUGAUUCAGAAUGAGAGUGGGUGUGAGUGCACGGAGCUACGGGUACAACAGCCGUUUAGACGAUUCAAAAGAUCUUCGCCUGAAACUAACACGCAAGAGAAUGUCAAAGCAUAUAGAGCUCGAAAACGAGAAGCGUAAAAAGAUGGAACUACACGAGAAGGCAUCAAGAGCUACACCACCUUCUAGAAGGGCUGCUGAAACACAACCGAUAGGUUCAACGAUUAAAAAUUCUUAUGCUUCUUGGAAUUCAAAUGCAGCGAAAACGGGAUCCCCCGAAAGAAUUCGAAAUUUUCUGGUGGAUUUUCUAACAACCCCAUGAAUUCUAUUGGCCAACUGCCACAUGUACCAUCAAUUAGGCCGAUAGAUGCUUCAAGAGAAGAGCAUUUGUCGAUGAGGGAUGCCUUGGAAUCUUCUAGGCCUGAUUUACCUAUAUUCACCACUUCGAGAGGUUUUCUGGAUAAUGGCAAGAUGGUCACCGAUCUUCCUCCAGCAACAGGUGGCAUGUCCAGACCUAUUUACCAGGUAAAAAUCUAUUUUCUCUCAUAUUUCGUUUACCUCGACUCCUCUGUUUUUGUUCAGCUCUGUUUUGGUGAUUUUUUCCUUAUUUUAAGAUCAUGCAUUACAGCUUCUUCUACGGUGAGUGCUGGAUCGCUUGCUGACCUGUCGAACCUUGCAAACACGAGCAUCUACGGUUUUGAGGAUUACCACGGCGUGGACAUUGGCGUUGUGAGAGGCGUUCGUCUAUGGUUCUCCGCUCUCGCGGGGGAGAUACCUGUUGAGAUCAAAAUCAACGACACUGACACCAAGCUCGGAUUCACCAUCAGAAGAACUGAAGAGGGGUUCAUAUACAUAUCGUCUGUGGUCGAAGCAGAUAACCCUUCGGAGCGGUCGGGAUUGAGCAGUCUCUACAAACAAGCAUCGCUAGCAUCAAGAUUGCUCGUGGUUUCAAGAAUAUCGAACCGAAAGGUGCUCCCGUGAAUGGUUUCUCCCGCAGGCGCAAUCCGGUGCUUCGACACCGUUUCUCUCAGCCAAAAACUUUCGCUCCACCGCCACGCCAGGGUGGCAAUCAUAGUGCACGUCUUCUUGUGGGACCGGAGGGUGAACUACGCUAACGUGGGCAGCAUCCGGGCCCGGGCCAUGUCCACGUCAACGUCGAGCCCGCCUAAUUUGGGGCGGCCCGUUAAUCAGAGUCAGGUGGUGCCACUGGAAGUUGACGACCAAGAGGAUUUGGAAGAUGACUACGAGAUCGAAGUUAGCGAUGAGCCGGAUAUUACGCUUGAACGGAAUAAUACCGUAAUGGAAGAAGUCUUCCAGCUUGAGGGUCUUCCCGGCUUCAUUCCGUAAAAG